UUUACACACAGCGGCGCAGAAGGCAUUGAAAUUCCCUUCCUCUACGUCACACGACAUGGCGGGCCAAUCAAAUUCCGAGACCGUCCCUUUAAAAAGUCGGAAACCUGAAGAUACGGCUUUUAAGCAACAAAGACUUCCGGCCUGGCAGCCUAUUUUGACCCCUAAAUGGGUAAUUAUAACCUUCACUCUCGUCGGCCUGAUCUUCGUCCCAUUGGGCAUCGUUCUCAAAAUACAAUCCGACGCUAUUGUCGAGUACUCGCUUCAAUACGAUGGGGAGGGUACGCCUGAAUCUUUGGCGGACUGUCAGAUUCUGGACCCCAACGAGGCCUCCGCCCACCCCCCUUGCACGGUCACAUUCGACAUCACCAGGGAGAUGAAAGCCCCCAUUUACGUCUACUACCAGCUCGAUAACUUCUAUCAGAACCAUCGCCGGUACGUCAAAUCCCGCUCCGAUGCCCAGCUUAUGGGCAACAUUCUUUCGGAAGCGGAACUGUCCGACUGCGAUCCUCUGCGGACCAUCAACGUGGCA